UGCUUGGCUUUGUGGAGGAGCUGCAGCACCACCUCACUGCAUAAGGGAUGGGAUCAGAGAGCAGUGCUCUGAAGAGCUAUGCGCUGAAGGAGCCACCUUUCACCUUACCCUCUGGGCUUGCCGUUUACCCCGCUGUUCUGCAAGAUGGCAGAUGCGCUUCCGUCUUCGUGUAUAAGAGAGAAAACGAAGACAAAGUUAACAAAGCUGCCAAGCAUUUGAAGACACUUCGUCACCCUUGCUUGCUAAGAUUUUUAUCUUGCACUGUGGAGGCAGCUGGGAUUCAUCUAGUCACUGAGCGAGUGCAGCCUCUGGAAGUGGCUUUAGAAACGCUGUCUUCCGCAGAGGUCUGUGCCGGGAUCUACGACAUACUGCUGGCUCUCAUCUUCCUUCAUGACCGAGUAAGUAACCCGGACACUGUCUGCCUCACAGGCCUUGCUACAGACCGGAGGGUUGAUGUGUGUGGUAGUGCUUUUAAGGUAUGGGAGGUACAGAAAUCAUAA